AUGAAAGAACAACAAAAGGCUAGCUCAAGCAAUUAUAAUGAGCACUCUGCUGUUGUUUUGUCAAACAAAUCUUCCAAAGAAAAUCCAACUGGGUUCGUUGAAGCUAUAACUCCCAAUCCAUCCACCCAACAAAAGUCUAUAGCUGUCAGCACAAGCAGCCAAUUUGCUAGAUUAGUAGUUGAUUUGAGCGUGCCUGAUCUGAAUGGAGAAAGAACUGCUUCUCCUGAAACAAGUUUACUGCCAGCUGAAGAGGGAAAGUUGAGACUACUAAAGCUUAAAAAGCUUAACAAAGAGAAAGUGGGUGAUGUCAUACUUAAAGCGAAUGAGAUUAGAGCACAACUUGUUGAAUGUCAAAGGAAACUAGACUGCAACCCUAUGGAUCAUGCCCUAAGGGGCCUUGAGAAAGAUAUGGUGAAGAAGUUGGCUGCUGCACUUAGAGAUGAAAAGGAUGGUUCUUGA